AUGGAUCCUUCAACGACUUUCACGAUAGUCUCUUCAAUCCCAUCGUCUCCUCAGGAUGGUGCAGCCGAAAUGCCCUCUCCAAUCUCAGCCAACGUUGGUGUCCAGCCAAGUCAGUGCCCUCACAGCGAGAUAUGCCAAUGUGCGGAAUGCCCUGGCUGCAAGAACUUGAUUUAUGUCUGGAGGACUGAGCAGUGUGCUGCAUGCUACAUGGACCACCCUGCCAUUGUUCAAUAA